AUGAGGACUUGGAUUCUUCUUGCCUGUCUCCUGGGUGCAGCAAUUGCUAUUCCGCUGCCACCUCAUCCUGGACAUCCUGGUUAUAUUAACUUCAGCUAUGAGGUGCUUACUCCUUUGAAAUGGUAUCAAAGCAUGAUGAGACAGCAGUAUCCCUCCUAUGGUUAUGAACCCAUGGGUGGAUGGCUGCACCACCAAAUCAUCCCAGUGCUGGCUCAGCAGCACACCCCAAGUCAUUCCUUACCGUCUCAACACCAAAUCCCCAUCAUGGCCGCCCAACAGCCAGUGCCACCCCAGCAACCAGUGAUGCCAGUGCCAGGACAGCACCCCAUGGCACCAACACAACACCAUCAACCUAACCUCCCGCAGCCAGCCCAACAGCCAUACCAGCCCCAGCCAGCCCAGCAACCACAGCCUCACCAGCCCAUCCAGCCCAUGCAGCCCAUGCAGCCCAUGCAGCCCCAGACCCCAAUCCAUGCAGUGCUACCUUUGCCACCACAGCCACCUCUGUUCCCCAUGCAGCCACUGCCACCCAUGUUGCCAGAUCUGCCCAUGGAAGCUUGGCCAGCCACUGACAAGACCAAGAGGGAGGAAGUGGACUAA